AUGGCAGAGAUUCUUCAGGAUGCGAUCAAGCGUGAACCUGAAGUUGUUGCAGCGACUCCGAGGGUGCAGUCGCGUUUGGCGUCCGUCAUGAGUAUGGCGUCGUCCGUGGUUACCACCAAGUCUUCCAAGUCGAAUACGCUGCAUGAGUACUACAUCGCCAUCCACGCUCUCCCAAAGUGCGUGCAGGUCGUGUUUCUGAGCUUUGGCAAGCGAUGGCCGCAUACCAGGGCUCCUGCUAACACCAACUCGCAUGUGGAGACCGAGAGAAUUCUUAGUGAAGUUCGUGGGCUGGCCAUUUCCAAUGCCCUGUUGGUCGAGAUCUAUACACAGGAGCAUGCACGACUGGUUGUGGAGGUGACUCACAUUGACGAGCGCCUUCAGUUCUUGAAGACCUUCCUGGCUGCGAAUGGGCAAGCUGCAUAG